UCCAUGAGAGUUUAGUCCCACGAGAGUUUAACCACAAGGUUCUGGACUGUCCACAAGCAGUGGUGCGUCACUAUCGCCUCAGGUUGGUUAGUCAGAGACCUCAAUCAUGCCUUGGGAUCCCAGGCCAAGGCAGGGAAGCAAUAGAUCUAGAUUUAAGAGCUGUGCUUAUCGUGGAGCACGUACAAAGAUAACAGCUGCUGACACAGGGUACAGAGACGAUACUCUUUCCCUCAAUAAGUAUCAGGGGCUUCCGAAUUCCGACCAGGGGAACAACAUGGCAGAUGGCCCUCGGUUUGGCUUCUGGACUUCAGUAAGCCAGUGUCUGCAGUAUUUGUGGACCCAGAGGCACUUGGGCCUGCUUCUACUUUUGUUCUGGACUCUGGUUGUCCUGUUCUGUCUUGUGAACACUGUGAAAUUGCCCUUGCUUGCUGAAGCUGCAGAACUUGAACCCCAAUUAGGAAGUAUGUUGCGCUUUUUCUUUCCAACAACAUGCAUCAUAAGGGACAAUCAGGUGGUGGUGGCAUGUAAUAACCAGCCGUAUCUCAGCAAGAGUGAAUGUUUAAAAUCCAAGUGCUGUUCUUCAACAUCUGGGACUAAAAUCAAAUGCUAUGCCCCAGUAAGGGACAAGCCUACACAGAUGUUCCGGGUGUUUGGACUUGCUGCCAUCAGCAUUAUAGUCCUGGGAUUUCUGCCUAUGUGCUGCUGUUCUUUUUGCCGGAGGAGGAAGAGGAUGAACAGGAUGUUGAAGAUUUUGAAGAAACAGAAAUCGAAAGGGAAGAGGCCUAAAGGAAGGAAGGCAUCAGAAGAGAGAGCUUUACUGUUCCAUUGAGAAUGCAGAUCUGCCAUGGAAGAAGAGAGGAGACUUUCUUAGUCAUCCAAAUUCAAUUAAAAAUUGAAAGACAACUUUUUUUUGUAGUUUCAAAUCAAAUUAAAGUUCCAUUGCAUGCAUCAAA